AUGGCCAUGGGGCUGGGGUUUCGGAUGAGCAAGGAGGCGGCGGGCAGCCACGCGGUGUCGUUCUUCCUCGGCGCGGCGCUGCCCACUGCCCUCCUCUUCUUCCUCGCGUCCGACCGCCUCGGCGAGGGCUUGUCCAGCAUCUCGCGCAGCUGGGGGAACGGGCCGGCGGGCGGCGACGAUGCAAAUGAGGUCAUUUUCAAGGGCCUAGCCGAGCUGCUACCGAAAGUUGCCAUGGACGACAGGACAGUGAUCAUCACGUCGGUGAACGACGCAUGGGCGCAGCCGGGCUCCCUGCUGGACCUUUACCUCGACAGCUUCAAGAACGGCGAGGACACCGCGCACCUCCUCGACCACCUCCUCGUGGUCGCCCUCGACGCCCGCGGUUUCGACCGCUGCAAGACCGUGCACCCUCACUGCUACCUCCUCAACGCCACGUCCGUGGACAUGAGCUCCGCCAAGCCGUUCAUGAGCCCGGACUACCUGGAGCUCGUCUGGACCAAGCUCGUCUUCCAGCAGCGCGUGCUGGAGCUCGGCUACAACUUCCUCUUCACGGACUGCGACAUGGUAUGGUUUCGCAACCCGUUCCGGCACUUCCCCGUGUACGCCGACAUGAGCUGCUCGUCGGACGACUUCAAGCCAUCGCGUGCGCCGCUGGACAACCCGCUCAACACCGGCCUCUACUACAUGAAGUCGACGAACCGGACCAUCGAGAUGAUGAAGCACGAGCUUGUCGGCAAGCUGCAUGUCAAGAUCGAGCCGCUGGACACGGUGUACUACGGCGGGUUCUGCGAGUACCACGACGACCCAGAGAAGGUCUGCACCGUCCACGCCGACUGCUGCGUUGGGCUGGACACCAAGGUGCACGAUCUCAAGGACUUCGCCGCGGACUGGAAGAACUACACGAGCCUGACGCCGGAGGCUAGGCAGAAGGGUGCUUUCAAGUGGACGUACCCGACUAGGACGUGGACGUCGUGUGGUAUGCGCAAGCGCAACCCGUUCCGGCACAUCAGCGUGUUCGCGGACAUGACGACGUCGAGCGACGACUCCAACAGCCUUGACGACAACUGGUCCAACACCGGCUUCUACUACGUCAAGGCGACGAACCGGACCAUGGAGAUGCUGCGGCAGUGGCGGGCUGCGAGGCGGAGGUUCCCGCCGAACAACGAGCAGGCCAUCUUCAACGAUCGAGAUCAAGCACGAGCUUGCCGCCGCCCUCGGGGUGCGCAUCCAGUUCCUCGACACGGCGCGCUUCGCUGGCUUCUGCCGGAUCUUCCACAGCGACAUGGGAGCGGCGUGCACCAUGCACGCCAACUGCUGCUUCGGCCUCGCUAA